UGAGUAGAUUUUAAGAGCAAUAUACAAAAUACAAAAAUAAUAGAAAAGAAAAUACUUUUAGCCAAAUUUCAAGUUUUACACAAAUUAACCGAUGGCAGCCGCAAAAAAAGAUUCAAGCCCCAAAAGGAAUUCCGAAGACAUUCUUCAUGAUUUCCGUAAAUCGCAUGAUGUGGCCUUAUGGUAUCGACAGCUCUCAAUGAGUCAAAUCGAUGCCUUAUCGGGCCUAACCAAUGCUCUGCGAGAUGAUGGGGAACAGGGCAGCACAUACAGAGUGCAUACUUGCCUCGUCCAGUUGGGCAUUACUCCAUUGAUUAACCAAAUGUCGCUCAAGAAAUUAAUUAACAUGAGCCGCGGCAGCGAUUUGGCUUUUUUAUAUUUCCUCUGGGAAGGCUUCUAUAAGUGCAACCGCACUGAAUACACAUAUAAUGAACAGGUUUUGAUGUCCAGCGUGAUGCAUUUGGAUCUGGAUAUGACAUUGUAUGAGCUCGAUCGCAUAUUGCCGGCAGGACAUCUAAGUCAUAAAAGUCAGGCACGCUUGGACAAAAAGAAGAGACUUAUGCUAAGACAGACUGAAACACGGCCUCCAGUCAAACGCCAUGGUGUCAAGACUAAUACUUUGCCCUAUUUCUGGAAACAUCCCAGACCUAAACAAAUUCGUACAACCAAGCUGAGCAAAAAAAAUGAUAUUUCCGUAAACUUUCCUUUUUGGCGUUGCGGCGAGAAGCCCAACUAUAAGUUCAAUAGUGCGCAUCCCUGGUUUGCCUCCUACCCGCUUAGCCCAAUGAAGGGUGAGAUUUAUCGUAUGCUAACUACCCUUUUGCAGGACUGGCAUAGGAACUGCGGCAUGCAUCAAAUAACAGACUCUGAUAAGAAAAGGCUUUGUACUACUCAUCGAGAAGCUUUGAAGCAGGAGCAAUUGAUCAGGGAUGAGCUGACAGUCAAGGCCCACAAAAAUUUCCUCGAAUUGAUUGACGUCACCGCCAGGGAGAAUAGGGAACGAAAGAAACGAAUUAUCGAUCAAUUGAAUAAAGAUGUCGAGGAAUACACUCAACGUUGGGAGAAAUUGAAAGUAAUGCAAUAUACCGAUGCGAUGUUAGUGAAGGAUUGUAAACUUUGUGAAUAUUCCAUGGUGAAGACAGAGGCCCAGGACAGUAAAUUUAAGUGCCUUAUUGGAAUGGACGAUUAUGAUCCCAUUGCCCACCUGAAGAUUAAAGCAACGUCCCCUGUGAGUGAGAUUAAAAAUAUCGAAGCACAAAGUAGAUGUAAAGGUGGUCAAGAAAAACGAUGUGAUGAUUUGUCUCGCGCUGAUGAUGCAGCCAAAGCUGACUGCCCAGUAUAUCUGCUUGGUUCUGUGAAGAAGACUUCGACAAGACCGAGAUGUGUAAAAUUUUGCAAAUCAUUGGAACCUGCCGAUCAAGUAACUCAACUUUCGACGUCCAGCAGAUACUUUCGAUCGCAGCAAUUACAUCAGCCGUAUGUAUUCAAUUAUCACCAAACGUUUCAUCAGUGCUGCGCACCAUUGGAACCCAUUCAAGUUAUACAUCGCCAGGCGUUGAGUUCUCUUAAGGCUCCAUCAGAACCAGCACUAUCAUCCACAGAAGGCGGUUGCACUUGCAGGGAACCAAAUGAAUGCACUCGUGCCAGUGUCGUCGAGGCGAUUGUACAGUGUGCCGAGGCCAUGUGGCAAAAUGCAGUAAAAACCUUCGACAAAGCUUGCACCAUUUCACUGGAGCAACCCAUCACCUAUAAAAAAGAUACUAACGAUGUCCAACUAACGUACAAUCGUACCUACUACGAUGCCAACGAUGAAAAUCUUAUGGAAACAAUGCUGCGCGAUGGCAUGGCCAUACUGCGUAAGGAUCCGCGCUUUGUCUUCGCCGGUUUUCCUGAUUCACACAAGAUCAUAAUGCUGCUUGAGUGGAUAAAACGACGCUAUGGCAAAACCUAUUCGCAAGCAGAAAUCGAGGCCACCAUGAAAUAUGCCGGACUUGCCUUUAGGGCGGUUAGAAAACUGCAACGGGCCCCGCCAUCUGUAAAUUUAAAGCCAUACCAGAGCCAAAAAACGACCUAUGUCAAUCGUGGCAAAAUUGAUAAAAUGGCCAACGAGUUGAAAACUUCAUAUAAUCGUGCUCUCAAUGAAAAACUGAUGCAUCACACUGCCUUCUGCUGGUCCUUCAUGGGCGCCCAGUUUUGGAAGGGGGGCUACGGCAUUAACAACUUUUAUGCCUACUUGCCGGCUAGAAACGAUGAUGUAUUGCGAGUGCGACCCUGGAACGGUCAAAAACGAAAUAUGAUUGAUGCUCGUCGAGCAAGAGAAAUGCGAGCUGCGUAAUUAAAAGAAAAAAAAAACGAAAUUAUUAAAUUUUUAAAUUUAAUUGCGGUAUUACGUAUGAAUUAUAAUUCAAAAUACUUUUGUGUUUCUUUGGAUUUAAACUUAAUUAUUAUGUAAAUAAAGUUCGUGUAAAAGUGUCUAAAA